AUGUCUUCCAUCGUUCUCUCCCAGGACGCGGCUCCCCCCGCCGGCCCCUACUCCCAGGCGAUCAAGACGCCGUUUGCCAUCUUCUGCUCCGGUCAGAUCCCAGCCGACAAGGACGGCAACCUGAUCGAGGGCACCAUCCAGGAGAAGACUGCUGCCUGCAUCAAGUCUCUCCAGGCCGUGCUGACUGCGGCCGGCUCGUCGCUGGACAAGGUGGUCAAGGUCAACGUCUUCCUGGUCGACAUGGGCCAGUUCGCGAGCGUCAACGAAGAGUACGGCAAGUGGUUCACGAACAAGCCGGCUCGCAGCUGCGUCGCCGUCAAGACGCUGCCCAAGAACGUCGACAUCGAGAUCGAGUGCAUUGCGCUCCCGUAA